CUCAUCCGGCAAAAAUAUCGCCACAUAGUUGGUGAUUCUACGCGACCCUUUGCUGUUUUCCUUUCCCCUGCCACUCUGUUCCACGGCCGAAUGUCUGCAAAGCCAUCGCGGAAACCAUCUUUAAACUCCUAACGACGUCGUGUUGGGACUGAGUCUCUCUCCUCCUCUGCGACAAUGGAAGUGUCGACCAAAGGUAAAGGAACUGUGACGUCACUCUCCUCCUUGUUCCCCGUAGAAGACGCACAGAAAGCAGCGAAGCGCGUGGAGGACACGAUCGCCGAGACGCAGCAGCAGCUCGACCACCUCCGAGGCUUCACCGCCGACAACACGAGCCUCGUAAAUCUCGUCAUGAAACUCCCCGACCACCUCCACCACGAUAUUAUGGUUCCGUUUGGCAAGGCAGCCUUCUUCCCUGGGCGUUUGGUGCACACCAAUGAGUUUCUGGUUCUGCUAGGGGAAGGUUACUAUGCGGAAAGGACGUCGAAGCAAACAGUGGAUAUUUUGAUGAGGAGGGGGAAGGAAUUGGACUCCCAAGUGGAUUCCCUCAAUGCCAUUCUUGCUGAUCUCAAAUUUGAGGCUUCCUUUAUUGACUCUACAGCCUCUGAGGCCGCGGAGGGCCUUGUAGAGAUAAAGGAAGAUUAUGUGGAGGAAAGUUCUUCUGAAGAAGAAUCUGAGCUAGGUCCACUUAAGCAAGAUUCUCCUAGUUCUACUGGAGCAGACAAUACAAAAGUUUCAGAUGAAGAUGAAGAAUAUGCUCGUAUACUGGCCAGGAUGGAUGAACUUGAGAAAGAAGAACUUGAAGCUGAAAGUGAGAUAGUGAGUGAAGAAGAGCAAAGUGAUAAUGACAGUGAUGAAAACAAGAAAAUCAAAGUUGACUUACAUCAGUUUCCGGAUCAUAAAUCUCUUCAUCAGAAUGACAAGUUUUCAGAGGAGUCAAUGCCAAGAAAACCUCCAGAGACAAAUGAUGCAAUUGCUCCCAUCAAAGAAAGUUUUAUCGAUCAGCGAAGUCAUUCUGGCCUGACAGUGCAAUCAAUACCUGAAGAGACAAGUUCACGUGGAAAUAUAUCUCCGAAUGCUAUGAAAAGUAAAUCUGAGAAAGCUUUGGUGCCUCCUAAAGUUGAGGGUGUUCAAGUUGUACCAUCACCUAUGAGUCAGGUUACUCUCCAAAGUUCAAAACCAAAAUUCGAUGAUAAAAAAGCAUUUACAGGUUCUAUAGUCGAACGUGUCCAUAAUUUACAGACAGAUUCAAGGAACCAAACUUCUGCUACAUCACAGUCUUCUGAUUCUCAACCUUCAAAGCCAGUUUCAAGAUUCAGGAUGCAGAGGAAAUAGUUACAUUGUUGGCAUAUGGAUUAUGGAAGUGUUAACACACAAGAGCCAUUUUAAAAUCAGAAUGCAAAUUAGAGAAACGAAAAGAAUCAUCAGCCUGAUUUUAUGUGGAGAAGAAAAACUAUAUGGAGUGGCAAAAGUUUUGCGUGACUUGAACUUUCGGAUAACCGUACAUCCAGUUGUUUAAUGAAAAACAAUCGCUGCCAAAGUUGGUUGAUUUUUGUUC